AUGCCUAACACAGUUUCCGUGGGAACCAGAAGCAAGGACAAAGCGGAGGUUUUAGUAGUCGGAGAAUUAUUGCUGCCAUCCAUUGGUGAACUUAUUAUCAAGGAACCAAACCGAAAUGAAGAAAAAUUUUGUCCUAGUGGCGAUAAACACUUUAGACCAACUGAAAGAAUCGUGGUAUUCGUUCCUGAUGCUGAAAAAAUUCCAUGCCAGGCUGAUGUCGCUAUCUUUGAAGGAGACAGUGGAUUCGAAGUAGUUUUACCGCAUACUUUUGGUUACUCAAUAUCCGGAAUACAAAUUAAUUCGGUUGAUUUAUACGGAAGCGAUUGGGAAAGAUUUAUACGUUCCGAAGUAGGCGGGCGCAUGUUUCGAAAUACGGAUUCGGAAUCAACUGAGGGCCUGGAUACAUUCAUGAAAGUCUUCAGUGGACAAUGCAACGACCCUUCAGGUUGCCUCUGUCACCCUAAGGCGUCAGUGCGCGCCACUCUCAUGCGACAUAUGAAGAACUCGACCGUUUGCGAAUUACCAAACUGCGUCCAACCAGUGAAGCCAAUAGGAAAUGUGUGCAGCAUAUGUGGAGCGGUACUACAAUUCGAUUUCAUUGAUGUGAGAACAUUUAAAUUGAACGAUUUUCGUAAAUCGCUAACUUCGAUUGUGAAAGAAAUGUCACGCAAAGGUGAAUUAAUUGCAUAUGCCAGCAAGGUGACAGAUAAUGAAGAUCCGACCGUUGAAGCAGAAAGGCAGUUCAUACAAGUGGUGUUAACUGAUGGACCUGAAUAUAAUGAAAGAAGCAUCUAUAGCGCUGCGGAAGUUCAAAGAAGAAUUAUUGGUGGAAACUUCGGCUUGCGUUCAAAAAGUACCUUCACCAGCGGCUACUACUAUAAUGCCAAGGGACAUAGUAUCGGUGUAUGGAUCGUCUUAUCUACAUUGGUAGCUGUUUGUGCAAUGUUGGGCACUAUUUACUAUAUUUAUGUCGGUCCAAGGCAGAAAAUUGGUUUUGGUCUCAAUUUCAAUAGACCGCAAUUUGGAAUACCAAACAUAUUGCCAGCUGCAGCAAGAAGAUCCUUCUUAUUUGCCCGUUUCGACAACACUUCGACUGAUGGUGGCGCAGUGGACUUAGCAGCUUGCGCAAUAGCUUCUGAAGGCAGUGUUGCAAGUUCACUGUAUGACAUGGAGGAUACAUUCGAAAACACCGAAUACAGCCCGAAUCUGCAGGAAGCUGGAGAAAGAGCUGUGGCCACUUUUAGUGAGUUGCAGAAACGAGAACAAGAAGAACAAGCAGAUCUAUUAAAUCUUAAUGAUAUCGAAGAAUAAUUUUAAUAUAUGUAUUUCCUGUAUUAUAUAAAACU